UUGUGAUAUUUUACUAAAAUAAAUUAUUGUGUAGAAUUGAUUAUUUUAUUUGAAAUAAGACUUUCAUCAUUUUUUUUUUCUCAAAUAUUUUUCACCCCAAACUAUUGGCACCAUUUACAACCAUUAAAAUUAACCAUUUUCAACCUUUCAUUUUUUUCUUCUUUUACUCAAACAAAAACUCCAUUUUUUCUCCUUCUUCUUUGUUUCCCAAUCUGCAACUUCUCUUUCCCUUUCAAAAUAUCUCUCAAAGAAAAGUCAAAGAGAAAUGGCGGAUCAGCUCACCGAAGAUCAGAUCUCUGAGUUCAAGGAAGCCUUCAGUCUUUUUGACAAGGACGGAGAUGGUUGUAUCACAACUAAGGAACUUGGAACUGUAAUGCGGUCAUUGGGGCAGAACCCAACUGAGGCUGAGCUUCAAGACAUGAUCAAUGAAGUUGAUGCUGAUGGAAAUGGGACCAUUGAUUUUCCAGAGUUCCUUAACCUGAUGGCUCGCAAGAUGAAGGACACUGAUUCUGAGGAGGAGCUCAAGGAAGCUUUCAGAGUGUUUGACAAGGAUCAGAAUGGAUUCAUCUCCGCAGCUGAGCUUCGUCAUGUCAUGACAAACCUAGGCGAAAAGCUUACUGAUGAAGAGGUUGAUGAGAUGAUUCGUGAAGCUGAUGUGGAUGGCGAUGGGCAGAUCAACUACGACGAGUUCGUCAAGGUUAUGAUGGCCAAGUGAGAACUGAUCAAUCCAACAUAAUCUUUAGAAGUAAAAAUACAAAAGAGAAGGAAACGGAGCAGAUAAGUUUGUGAGAUUUCUAUUCCAAAUUAGGACGUGUUCUUUGUGUUAUUACCUUUGUCUCGGUGCUUGCUUACUUUCCAAUUCACAUGGUUAUGUAGUUCUGUUCUCCAGUAUAUCCUGUUUGCCCUGUUCCUUGUCUUAGUAGUUUGGGUUGUUAGCUACUUGUAGUAAUUUCUCCUGAAUUCGGUAUUGUGAAACUAUGACGUGUCAAACUUUUUUGUUUUGUAUUCUAUGUGACUAAUUUCGUCGA